CAGCAUCCUUCUGUGAUCCUGUAGGUGAUACAGCUAUAGCAGCAUCCAUGGCCUGUCUUUUGCUUUAGUGCACACUCAUUCCUCUCUUCUUUUUUUAAUUUCAAAAAUUUGCUCUGGCAGCAGUAAUAAUCAUGAAUCUGAGAGACUGGUUUUAAGGGCUUACCUUAAGCAUCUGGUUACUGGAAUCGUAAUUUCCUGUAUUUUUUCAGACUCCUUGGAAACUGAGGAAUGAAAUUCUGCCACCAUGAUGGAAGGAUUGAAAAAACGUACAAGGAAGGCCUUUGGAAUACGGAAGAAAGAGAAGGACACUGAUUCCACGGGAUCUCCAGAUAGGGAUGGAACUCCACCCAGCCCUCAUCCUCAUGAGCCACCCUCCAAUAGCAAACCAGAGUGUGCACAGGAAGGAAGAAAAACUGUUUCGAAGAGAACAAAUGGUGCUCCAAAUGGGUUUUAUUCAGAGAUUGACUGGGAAAGAUAUAAUUCACCUGAGGUUGAUGAAGAAGGCUACAGCAUCAGACCAGAAGAACCAGGCGCUACCAAAGGAAAGCACUUUUAUUCCUCAAGUGAAUCUGAAGAAGAGGAGGAAGCACACAAGAAGUUCAACAUUAAGAUUAAGCCCUUACAGUCUAAAGACGUUAUUAAGAGUGCAGCAACUGUUGAUGAACUGAAAGCUUCUAUAGGCAACAUUGCACUUUCUCCAUCUCCAGUGAGGAAAAGUCCGAGGCGCAGCCCGGGUACAAUUAAAAGGAAUUUAUCUAGUGAGGAGAUAGCAAGACCAAGGCGUUCAACACCAACUCCAGAACUUCUAAGCAAAAAAGCCCCUGAAGAUCCUGCAGUCUUAGCACCACUGUUUGGCCCACCCCUCGAGUCUGCAUUUGAAGAACAGAAGUUGGAAGCUCCCAUAGAUCAGCCUGAGGUAUGGGGCUCUGUGCAACCAGAAAAUCCAAGUGUAGAAUCUGCAAAUCCACCACGGCCUUUCCCUGCUGGAACACCUCCACCACUUCCUCCAAAAAAUAUUCCAGCUACACCUCCUCGCACUGGUUCUCCUUUAACAGUUGGAGUAGGAAAUGACCAGACAGCAACAGAGGUCAAAAGUGACAAACUACCAUCAAUCAAUGACUUGGACAGCAUUUUUGGCCCAGUAAUAUCCCCCAUGUCUGUUGCUGCUAACGUGGAUGAUAAGAAUACAUGGAUCAGUUUUUCUGAUCCAUCCCCGGAAAACGUAACUCCAGAGGUGACUUCAAGGGAAAAAGUGGUGUCCCCACCUGUGGCAUCAGAAACUCCAGAUGAGCCUCCAGGGGCUGAAACCUUUCGCAAUGUUCCAUCUCCACUCAAUUUAGAAGAGGUUCAGAAGAAAGUUUCUGAGCAGACCCACGUUAAAGAUGAUAACUUAGCAUCAGCAGCAUCUCCUAAAGAUUUUGGGGUGGGACAGAGAGCAACACCACCUCCCCCUCCACCACCUACGUACAGAACAGUGGUGUCAUCACCUGGACCCAACUCUGGCGGUGGCACAGGAAGCACCAGUGGGUCAUCAUCUCCUGCUCACCCUGCAACCCCAUUGGCAGUCUGCAGCAGCCCGACUCCUCCACCUCCUCCACCUCGACCCCCAUCUCGUACAAAAUUGCCUCCAGGAAAGCCCGGGAUUGGUGAUAUGUCCAGACCUUUUAGCCCACCAAUUCACUCCUCCAGCCCUCCUCCAAUAGCACCUUUAGCUCGUGCUGAGAGCACUUCUUCCAUUUCGUCAACCAACUCCUUGAGUGCAGCCACAACUCCAACAAUUGAAGAUGAUGCAUAUGUUGACAAACUGCCCACCUUUGAAAGGCACUGUGAAACGCCUGCAGAGAAUGAACAGCCUUCCCUCGUCUGGUUUGACAGAGGAAAGUUUUAUUUGACUUUUGAAGGCUCUUCCAGAGGACCCAGCCCCUUAACAAUGGGUGCACAAGACACUCUGCCUGUAGCUGCAGCUUUCACGGAAACUGUUAAUGCAUACUUCAAAGGAGCAGACCCUAACAAAUGCAUCGUGAAGAUAACAGGAGAAAUGGUGCUGUCAUUUCCAGCAGGAAUUACGAGACAUUUUGCCAAUAAUCCUGCCCCAGCUGUUCUAACAUUCCGUGUGACAAAUUACAACAGGUUAGAACACGUCUUGCCAAAUCCCCAACUUCUCUGCUGUGACAGUACGCAAACUGAUGCCAACAUGAAGGAAUUCUGGGUUAACAUGCCAAAUCUGAUGACUCAUUUAAAGAAAGUUUCUGAACAGAAACCCCAAGCAACAUACUAUAAUGUGGAUAUGCUAAAAUAUCAGGUAUCAGUCCAGGGUAUUCAGUCAACCCCAUUAAACCUGGCAGUGAACUGGCGGUGUGAGCCUACAAGUACUGAUCUGCGCAUAGACUACAAAUAUAAUCUAGAGGCAAUGACUACACCAGUCGCUUUAAACAACGUGCAAUUCCUUGUUCCCAUAGAUGGAGGAGUCACAAAACUUCAAGCUGUGCUUCCACCUGGUAUUUGGAAUGCUGAACAGCAAAGGAUAUUGUGGAGGAUUCCUGAUAUUUCACAAAAAUCUGAAAAUGGAGACGAUUUCUGGUCUGAUUGGGGUAGUGUCAACAGCUAG